AACAUAAUCCAUAACUUUUGGACGCUGGAAAGUACAUAUAACACUGGAUCUAAUUAAAGGCGAAAACAGAGGAAGUACUAUCGGCUCGCUUGUGUUCCGGACAAAGAAAUACAGAAGCAUUGAUGUGUACCAGAAAAACAAACUAUCCAAACAAGUGUGUAACGUUAAAAGAGAGACAUAAGGACUUAUUAAAGGAUAAAUUUAGAUUGAGUAAUCUAGAUCCACUGCUGGAAACCAAUGUGUUACUUUGAUUAUGAUCAAGUGAAACUUAAACAUGUAUAAUAGAACGCAGCAACUGCGAAACCUCGCUGAAGGUAUUAAACAGUCGAACGAAUAUACAAGAGACUGUAUCGUAAUUAUACAAGAUGAUGGGAUGCCGCCGUCUCCGAUGGGCGGAGACGAUGAGGAGGGAUUCGAUCCCGAUUUUAAAGAGUAUAUGGCAAAUGUGCAAGAUGCACGUAAACUAAUCGCCUCAAUAGACGAUGGCGCUAAAGCAAUAUGUGCCUUAAUGGAACUGAGCGCCACGGCGGUUACAAGUGAACAGAGCGCAGGAGUUAGCUCGAAGCUCAACGAUCUAAUCGCACAGAUCAAUGAUUCGUGUUCAAAAACGAAGAGUUUGACUACGAAACUACAGAAUGGAAAGGAUAAAGGGACACCUACAGAAAAACGAAUGAGAAAUAAUGCAUACAAUGUAUGUAUUAAACAUUUCCAAAACUCGGUGAAAAGAUACCAAGAUGCACAAAUCGUAUUCAAAAAGGCGAUUAAAGAACGAACAGCAAGACAAAUUCAACUUAUAUAUCCGGAAGCAGACCCAUCGGAACUAGAAAAGGUUAUGGCACCGGGAAACGCCCACAUGGUCCUCGAAAGCGCAGCACGCUCUUCUAUAGUAGGUAACACUAACCUCGUAGAUGCCGUACAAAACAUACAAUCAAAGUAUAAUGAUGUGUUGGCAUUGGAAGAUAGUGUAGAAGAAUUACAUCAAAUGAUGGUGGAACUUGCCGGUGUUGUGAGCUAUCAAGGAGAUCUUAUUGAUCAAGUGGAAUACAACACUAUGAAAGCUGUCGAAUAUACAGAAAAGGCGAACGUUGAAUUGGUAAAAGCAAGAACCAUACGAUUGCGCAACAGUAAACUUAUCAUGUACGUUACUAUCGGACUUACAGGAGUUGGUGUCAUAAUUGCGGUGCCAAUUAUACUCAAAUUCACUUGACCGCAUGGUUUCAGUAAAUCAAACAUCGCCAU